AUGCGUGUCUGUUUUUUCCUAUUCGUGGUGCAUUCAUUGCCUGCUCAUGCAGAGGCUGGGGUACUCAAAUUUUGUUUGAGAUUUAUUUCAUGGCAUAUCGUUGGGCGUGGGGGUAGAACGGAUGAAACAUUGAUCUUCAGCAUGGAACGGGUGUUUGGCGUGGUGCGCACGCGGGUGCAUGGGCGGUGCCCUGUGCCCCAUGUGUGCUCCUUCGUCCUCUCCGAAACUGCUGGGGGCUGGAGUGGCAGCAUAAAGGUGAUGGGACAUGGUGCCGAUGUGGGGUAUGGCGUCGAUCCCAUCGUGGCGACUGCUGAGGUGGUGACUGGGCUGGGGUGCCACGCCCAAGCGUCGCAGGGGUUUUUGCAGGGAGGGGGGCCAAGACGCGCCGGGCUUGCUUCCGCUGGCUCGUGA